GAAGACACAAACGAAUUCGGACACAAGAGCUAAAAAGGAUUCGAGGCCCUGCACCUCGAGCUUCGAGUCUCCGUGUCAAUUUCACCGUUGUAUGGAGAGACGAUUUAUGUGGUUACUCCAAGCUAGCGCUGCAACGAGAGUGAAGUAGUCCGCUUGCAACUGUCACAGACCGAACUCAUGAACUCGGGACAUCGGAACUUCUUACCCAGCAGACCAUUGAAAGUUACUGAGAAUAAUCGCCAAAAUGAAUCCAACUCCCGGUGGAAAGCUUCCGGCAACAUUGAGUCAGGAUGAUCUGAGGAACGAGAAUUCGUCAAAAGCCUACAAGAUCUUGGGAGCCGCUGACAUCCCUUCACGCGAUGAACACCCGAACCGCGACGACAAGAGAAGAUCGAAAAAGCCGAGCUUCAGACGAUCUCCGGAUGUGAAGUCACAAAAGAGUGGGAGUUUCGUACCCUUUCCGACCGCCGGGUCAGAAUCCACUCUUCCACCAGCUCAUCUCCGUGUUCGAGCCUCGUCCCCGCUGUUGGGGCAGGAAUAUCGAUUAGAAGAUACUGCCUUGCCUGCUGUACCAACAGCCUCGAAGAGACUUCAUCUUGGCGGCUCCUCGUCGGCCUUGUUUUCCUAUUUUACCUCCAAGGAAUCAAGCACGGACACGAACCCGCCUCUUGGAGUUGUAACCACCAACUCUGGAAACAGCGAGCAUCGCAAAUCAGAGCCGCGGCAACAUGCUGAAACGCGGCAUGGACUGAAACUGCCCAAGGAAUCUAUGAGGGAUUCGCGAAAGAAGAUGCGGCCGCCUCGGAUUGAUCUUUCAAUGCUGUUCCCCAAGCCACGGGCGAAUGCUGCGCCUCUUCUGUCCCCCCAGCGGAUGGUAGAUUCGCCUUCGCCCAUCUCAGUAACUUUCGAGCAGACUACUACCAACCCGGAAGACACCCAGACCCAAAAUCCUUCUCACAAGCUAUCAAAAAUGCCACCUCAUCCGAAGGCAUCUAUUCUGAAAUUAGCCAACCACCACGCUCAAGAAGCACCUACUACUUACAAGAUGAAAAGCUCAGAUUGGUCAGAUCCUUCCUUCGAGAAGACAGUACGCACCAAUGAGAUGGACCUCGCUUUGCAAAGGUAUAGCGACAUGGAACAUACGGCUCGGCCGUCCGAGCGAUUGCAUGCGCAGUCUCAGAGGCGCGACAAACACGUGAUAAAACGGGAGUCAAAGUCGACCGAGCAGGACUCGCGAGACAUAUCGUCCAAUAGCUCCGUGAGCGGAUGGAGCAGAGACUCCUACUUACCUCCCAAGGCCCACCUUCCACCGAAAGCUUAUCGUGCCUCCAAUUCUGGGCACAAUGGCGCCAAUGCGAAGACUUCAAUGCCCAAGAAAACCAGCAAGAGUACAUUAAGAACGGCGGAUCUUAACCAGUCAAGCGUUCUUUGUCUGUCUUCGUCAGAGGACGAAGAGGAAGACGACGACGAAGAAGCCUACCCCAAGGGUCAUUCUGAUGCAAGUGCGAGAAACAGUGUGGCAACUUACGGCGAGUUUGAACCUGAAAUCUGCACAGCUUCUGCAGCGCACACUACUAGAGGCACGCUACGAGACAUCGACCGGCCAAUAUCUGGCAUAAGUCGUGGAUCGCAGUUCAGUCAGAGGAACCAAUCGCUUCGCCGAAACCCUUCCAUAUCGUCAGCGGGAAGAUCCUCAACAGCCACUAGGAAGAGCCAGUCUCGCCGAUCGAGUGGUAUCCCUACCAUUUCUGAGCCAGAGUUCUUCCAUGGAGAUCCUAUCUUCAGUCAGUCAAAGACUGCUCCGCGCACUAGAAACUCGAUGACUGCACAGAAAGAGGCCAAUAGGCGAAGUCGAGUCAUUGCGGUGACGCGGCAAGAGGAACAUCUUCUAGAAGCCAUGAGACAGAGACAAGGCAAAAUCACACCCAGUCUUUUUAACGAAGUCCGUGUUCCGGAACCCGAUCAGGGAUCUAUGCUUUCUGUGCCCUCACGCGAUUCCUUCUAUGGCACGGAUAUGUCGUUCCUACGCCUGAGCCCGGCAGUUUCAGCCAAAUCCAGCCAAACCACGCAGCAAAGUGAUCAGGAGGGGCUGGUGUUUCAGAGUACUUCUGAUGGAGAGCAGAAGACUGUCUGGUCGUUCCCUUCGCCUCGCACCAGCCUUGCAUACUCCGAGAGCCUUCCAUCUCCCGUCACUAGCGGGGCUUCUCCCAUAACACCCACGCAUCCUUUACAUCGCUUCUCGGCCCUUCCAACGCAAAAGCCUCCCCCCAUGCGUCCUCCCCCGGCUGUGCCCAAGGCACAACGACGACACUCAAGGCGACGCACGGAUAGUAGCGAAGCGAUCAUCCUGGAGGAAUCGAACGAGGCGCCCCAGAGCGACGACUUUCCUAUCUGGGCUAUCAGGUGGAACAACGAGAACAGUAACCUGACGGCUGUUCACUAAAGCAUGAUGUCUUGGGAGCACUUCAGCUGUCCUUCAAGCUUAUGAAACCGAUGUCCAACAACUUUAAUCUAACGCCCGAUCAUACUGCAUCAUUCACUCGCUUGACGCAUCUCAUAACUAUCUAUAUCUACCUGCCCGAACACUCGUUGCUUUCUCAUUG